AGACAGUGCCAGACAGGCAGCAGACAGAGGGGGAGAGGCAGCAGACUGAGAGGGAGAGGCAGCAAACAGAGGAGGAGAGGCAGAAGACAGAGCGAGAGAGGUAGCAGACAGAACAAGAGAGGCAGCAGACAGAGGGUGAGGGGCAGAAAACAGAGUAAUAGAGGCAGCAGACAGAGGUUUUUGCACUUUAUCUUUCAGCCAAAAGUUUUUGGGCUUCAUCUUUUAGACAAAAGGACUUUACCUUUUAACCAAAGGUUUUAGCAUUUAGCCAAAAGUUCACAGCAUAGCAAAUACUCUUCACAGUUUUCAAACAGAAAAAGCUUAGCAACCAUUUUAAUUCUUCAACAUUAUUAGUGCGAUUUUACAAGCUGACUUCACAAACUUUUCCUUUCAAGUUGAUUUUACUUAUUUAACAUUCUUACAUUAUCACUCUUGAAGUUGGUGUUGUGCUGGUUACAGGAAGUCUUUUUUAAAGAACAAGAAUAUACACAACUACACUGAAUUUGAAUGCAUUUCCAAUUACUUUUUUUGUACAGAUUAUGCCUGGGCUAUAAAUACAACAACAGGCUGUGGAAUCGAUCAUUUUCCACUGAAGACAGUAAUCAGUCAUCAAGAAUCAUGAAAGUCAGCUAUUUCUCUGGAAUUCCUUUAGUCUUUGGGUUUUAACUUGUUUCUGAAAACCACUGAAAUCUUAAACUUCUGGAACACUUGAAAUCUCUGCAGGGGCUGAUUAAACAAGUUAAUUAUAUGACAUCCAUAUAUCCAUUCUUCAGCAUGCUAGCUUUACUGUUCUGAUUUUUAAUGUUUUCAGACUAAAAUAUUUACAAAUAAACGUCACAUUACAAGUAACUCUCUUGUUUUUCAGCAUUUCUACACUAAAAUAUCUUCAAACAAACACCUUUUUGGUCAAAGCAGCAGCCAGUUAUUUGAGGACAUAUUGGUUUAACUGGUCGACAAAACAAAUAAUGAUUUAUGCAAAAGACUCUGUGGAUUGCAUUUAAUAUGGCUACAGUACUUCAAAACCUGAAAAUUCCCUGUCCGUGUGAUUUAUUUUCUGUCCUAUGCAUGUGUUUUGCAUCAUUUGUCUUUUUAGAGUGUGAUGCAGUGUGCACUUUGGGGCUGCUGUGACCAUCCCAAGGCAAUAUUAGAAGUUGUGAUAAUACUGAAGUAAGAUAUUGAUAAUGGUGAUGGUGCAUGGCAGCUCUAAGUUUUUACAUGGGGAUUCAGUGGUGUGAUGCAAGGCCCCCCUCACACUGCAACUGAUGUCUUGGAAUGCAGUUACGUCUUUUUACUUUUCUCCUUUUUCUCCCCCCCGAUUCACUUCAUGCUUACAUUUUCAAAAAAAAUGUCUUUAGACAAAAGUCCUUUAAAAUCACCUUUCAUUCCACAUAUCUGAUUUGCAUUCAAUGAUGCUUAACUGUUAAGUAAAUACUUGUAUCCUAUUAAGUGAAAAGAGUGGUGGAAUAGAGUAAUUAUGUGGAAUGACUGGUACUCUUGGGGGCAGUUUCUUGGACAGGAAUUAAGCCAAGCCAAGCUGACUAUAUUUUCCUUUCAGUGAGAAAUCUCUAUUCAAAAUGCUGUGUAGUCCAAGACUAGGCUUAAUUCUUGUCUGGGAAACUGCUUCUUAAAGACUUGGUGCCUAAUCCAGACUACACAUUCAGUUCAGAUUAAGUAAACCAGUAGGAGUUCUCCAGAUAUCUAAUAAAAAAACUGGGUUAAGACUAGAGCCAUAUCUUAAUUUGGAAGCUUUCUAUUUACUUUCCAACCCAAACAUGCCGUACUGAGAUCCUAAGCCAGUGAAAUUUGAUAAAGGUCGCACUUCGCCUGCUCAUUUCAAUCACAGUAAGCCAGUUACCAUUGCACCACUAAAUCCAUGUAAAGCUUGAAACGUUUGCGGUGAAGAAGCAUUGAAAAGCAUGUGUGAGAAGCCUUGGACCUACAGGCUGAAGAACAAUCCAUCCUUGUUUUUGUCCUUCUCUGUUCCCUCCUCUGACCCUGCUUUAGUUCGCUGCCAAUGGAUAUUACCAGGCCCAAGACUGGCAUUAUUCCCAUGUGCACAAUGCCAUACUGGGGCCAUUUGGUGAACUGAUGACAGAGAACGACCUCAUUCGCAUCGAAAAACAAAUCGAGAACCUUCAAGUCAUGCACAAAGUGACGGAAGUCGAGAAAGAAUUGGAGCAGCUCGAAAAGGAGCUGCAGCAGCUUCUUCCUGUGUCUGCCGCCCUGAACCACGAGCACUUUUCCGUGAAUCCCAAACAGGUUCAUGGGCAGGCAGAAGACCUUCCUGCCUGGUGCAGCAAAAUCUCUACACUUCUCAAGAACAUGGCCAUCCUGCUUGCUACACUAGGUGGGAAGGAAUUUGACAUUUUGGAGAUGAUUAAUCAAGGCUAUACCUACGAAGGUCUGAAAGGUGGAAGCAUCCAGACGGCUUCCACUUUCUCAGGCAAUAUUGGACGUUCACAGUCUUUCUCAACCCGAGAGGAGGUGGAGAAAGAGAUCAAGCAAUGCGGUGUGUCUGUGAAAAAUCUAAAGGCCAAUUAUGAGAUUCAGAGUCAGUCCAAGUAUGAAGACGACAAGAUGAAUCGAGUAUACAUGCGUAAAAGGUCCCUUCCGGUAGUGAGCGAGUGCAGUUUCUCCCCUGAGCCUAUCCUGGAAGAUGAAUUACUUUUUAGUUCUUGUGAGGACCCCUAUCAAGCAACUAAUGGUUUACCUUCAGAGCCAGAUUCAACCUUGGCAUUAGUUGAUGAAGAACUUAUAACACCAUCGUGUGCACAUCUGACAUACAAUGGAGCUAAUGGUGUCCAUCAAGCUGGCACAGAUGGUCUUGAACUCCUGCCACCACCAUCUAGUGAACCGCCACUGAAAGUAGACCACCUUACUCGCAGCCUGGAGGUGCAGACAGACCUGAGUUAUGUUCAGGAGUCUAUCGAAAUGAGGAAGGAAAGGAUUGUGUUCCUCUUUUUGGAGCACUGGAGAAAGUACACCAUGACAGAGUCCUAUAGACCCAAGUGCCCAGACAGAGGAAAGAGCCUUGGUGUUGGAGUGGAAAAUCCCUCCCAAUAUAACAGUAAUAAUUUUGAGUUGGAAGACGGCUUGGAAACUGACGAUGAUCAGCUUCUAGUCUUCAUGAAACAAAGGCAGGUUGUGGGAAACCUACUUGGCCACUGGAGGAACAUUAUGAGCCAGGUACCCACUCGACAGAUCCGUCGGCUCAGCCGUGCUCAAAUGAUCUACUGGCCCGAGCACUUCCUCCCUCACAUAAAUGGAGCGCCAGUCCAGUACGAUAGUCUGUCUCUUGACCUUUUCAUGCUUGGUUACUUCCAGCUGCUUCAAAUGGACAUGUCCCGCAAUGAACGGAAGUUCCGUCACUUGCUGUGCUACGAAAUGUUUGACCGCCUUGGCAGUCACUCUUGGGAGGUGAUUCGCCAAUUCCACCGUGAGGUGAUAGAGAGCAUUGAGAGAGGGAACCGUGAUUGGUCAGAUGGCUUUGAGGACAUCAGACUGAAGUUCUUUGGCGACAGUGCAGAGGGUGGAGGGAUACUGGCAGCCGCUGAGAUAAUUCUGCCACCAGAAAUACUUCAGGAGGUUGCACAACCAGUCCAGAGCACGGCAGAGUCGGAUCCACUCGUAUCUGAGAUGGCCCCUGCGACGAUGCCUUCAUCAUCCCAAAACAAUGACACUAUUGAAAAGACUGAACAAGAUUCAAUCCCAGACCCUCCUUCUGGUAGGGCACCAAAAUUACCCGAGGACCCUGUAGAGAACACAGCAGAGAACACUGUUCCGGAGACAUCAACGGAGGGGGCACAGCAGACCACUGAGUCUGCCAUACAGGACUGUGCUGAAGUUCAGGCAUCGAGUGAGAAGGAGGUUCCUGGAGAGAGUGUUGCACCACCGCAAGAGGAGGCAAAGGCCUCUGUACAAGUGACAGUUGAAAGUCCCCCAUUUGAACCCACAAAUGGCCACGCUGAAGAACCUAAAGAAGAGCCAAACGAGGAUUCCAUAAAGCUUAUUUACGAGCUUAAAGAGUUCAGCAAUGAGGAAAUUAUCAGAUACAUUGAUCGAAGCUUUGCCUUUUGGAAGGAAAAGGAAGCAGAGUUGUUUGAUAUCUGACUCAUAUCUAAACCUUACUUAGAGUAAAACACAAAAAAGCUCUGAAAAAGCUCAGAAAGAGCUCUGAAAUCUGAAAUAAGGCAUGUCAGAGAAUUAAAAGUUCAUUCUUGUUGGAGAGAAACCUCAUCUCACCAGAAGAUCCUCUCAUUGCCUGAGAGUUGAGCAAAUACAUAAUACCGCCGCCAACUCUAAGACUAGCUAGCAUCCAGCUAGGGUUAAGCAAUGAAGGCCUAAGAUGUGAUUCACACCUCACAUCUGAACCUUAUUAACCUAAAAGGUGGUAAAUGGUACAACAUCCUCCCUGAAUUUUAAAUUCUUCAGGUUGGCUGCAGAGAGUAUCAUUCUCUAUGUAAUGCUUGUGCAAAUAUCAGUAGAAUAUCAAUUGAUAUUUCAUGUUAGAUUCAAAAAAUAAUAAAGAAAUUGUGAA